GGAGAGGUAUUUUUGGUGGGGUCUCCAAAAAUAAAAUAAAAAUUCAAGUUCAGGAGGGGGCGACCGUACGCGGCCCCCGGGUCUCUGUCACCAGACUGCCGUACGCGGUCCCCUGUCUCUUGUCUCUCUCUCCCUCUCUUCAGCAGGCCCCCUCACUCUCACUCUCUCUAUUCUGGAACUGUUGUCUGUCUCUUCCAUGGCUGUGGACAGAACCACGGUGAGGGUCUCGCGGAUACCCCAAACGGCCCUAGCCAAAGAUCUUUUCGAUUUCUUUGAGGAGAUACUAGGUAAGAACUCAAUCUACGCCUGCGAAAUCGUCUCAGACCACAAGAACUGGAAAUCCCGAGGCUAUGGCCGAGUCCAGUUCGAGACACUGGAAGCCAAGGCCACCGCAACCUUCCUCUCUCGCCAGGGAAAUCUCGUCUUCAAAGGCUCUGCGCUCUUCAUCUCCAAGUCCUUCGACGACCUAAUCGUUCGCCCCGUUGAAACCCGCCACCGACUGGACAAUGGGUUUCUGUACGCAGGGUUCAUGGUUAGAGAUGAUUGCAUGAGUGUUUUGGGGUCGUGGGAACGCGUGAGGGCGUGGGUAAUGCCCGAGAGGAAGAGGGUUGAGUUUUGGCUGGAGGUGGGUAAGGUCUAUUACAAACUGGAGAUUCAUUUUGAGGAUCUUUUGGAGGCUUCUGGGUGUUGUUUGGGUGGUGAAGGAAAAUCCAAUGCGAUUCUCUUGAAGCUCAAGCAUGGACCAAAGAUCUACCAGAAAGUUUCUGAUCCCGAUAUAGCUUCAAAAUUGUGUGCUGAUCGUUAUCGUAUCUGCAAGGAAGAUGUUAAACAUAUUUGGGUUCGAACAACAGAUUUUUCUGCUACAAAAUCUAUUGGACAUUCAUCUUCAUUUUGUUGGGAAAUUGAUGAAGGAUCAUCAGAUUUAGAUAUUUUUGACAGUUUCCCAUAUUAUAAAGAACAUACGAAAGACUUGAUUUUAGAAGAUGGAGAAGAAUUUUGUGCUACAUCUGAGACUGUUCCUCUUGUUAAAUACAAAUCAGAUUCUAAGUUAUCUUAUGAAGUCCUGUUUCAGCUCAAUUCCCUGGUUCAUGCUCAAAAAAUUAGUCUCGCUGCAGUGAAUAGUGAUCUGAUUUCAACUCUUAACAGUUUAGCUGUGGAAACCACUAUUAUGAUUCUUGAGAAGUUGCAUAAGCUGAAAUUCAUUUGUUAUGAUCCCCUGUCAUUUGUUAAAACUCAGUUACAUUUGCUAGGGAGAAAUGGCAAGAAUACUGUGUCAUCAUCCCUCAGCAGGCUAAGUGACCACAAUGUUAUGAGUUGCCACAGAGUUCUAAUUACCCCUUCAAAGAUUUACUGCUUGGGUCCUGAGCAUGAAACCUCUAAUUAUGUUGUGAAGAACUAUGCAUCCUAUGCUUCAGAUUUUCUGAGAGUCUCAUUUGUUGAUGAAGAUUGGAGUAAGCUUCCAUCAAAUGCCUUUUCGGCCAGUAUUCAGCAAGGUAUAUUCUACAAACCUUUUAAGACCGGAAUAUAUCAUCGGAUAUUGUCUAUUCUACGAGAAGGUAUAGUAAUUGGGGCGAAGAGAUUUCAGUUUCUGGCUUUCUCAGCUAGUCAACUUCGUUCCAAUUCUGUUUGGAUGUUUGCUUCAAAUGACAAUGUGACAGCAGAAGAUAUUAGAGGGUGGAUGGGCUGCUUCAAGAAAAUCCGCAGUGUGUCAAAAUGUGCAGCAAGGAUGGGCCAGUUGUUCAGUUCCUCUUUGCAAACUGCUGUUGUUCCAGUUCAGGAUGUUGAGAUUAUUCCUGAUAUUGAAGUUGUUUCUGAUGGUGUUGGCUACUGCUUCUCAGAUGGUAUUGGAAAGAUCUCUCUCUCUUUUGCAAGGCAAGUUGCUCAGAAGUGUGGAUUGAGUCAAACUCCUUCAGCUUUUCAAAUUCGAUAUGGUGGUUAUAAAGGUGUCAUAGCUGUUGACCGUAAUUCCUUCCGAAAGCUAUCUUUGCGUAGUAGUAUGCUUAAAUUUGAAUCCAAAAACAGGAUGCUUAAUGUGACAAAGUGGAGUGAGUCCAUGCCUUGUUACUUGAAUAGGGAGAUUGUUGCUCUGCUGUCUACUUUGGGAGUGGAAGAUUCAGUAUUUGAGACAAUGCAAAGUGAACAAAUCUAUUUUCUGGACAAAAUGCUGACAAAUAGAGAGGCAGCUUUAGAUGUUUUGGAGAGUAUGGGUGUUGAAAGAAAGAAUGUUCUAGUAAAGAUGUUGCUUCAAGGUUAUGAACCGAUUGCGGAACCUUAUCUUUCAAUGAUGCUCCAAGCACAUCGUGAAAGCCAAUUUUAUGAUCUGAGAAGUAGAUGUCGAAUAUUUGUCCCAAAUGGGCGAGUUCUAAUUGGAUGCUUGGAUGAGACAGGCAUAUUAAACUAUGGCCAAGUUUAUGUCCGAGUAACCAUGACAAAAGCAGAGUUACAAUUUGAAGAUAAGAGUUUCUUCCGUAUGGUGGAUGAGACAACAACUGUAGUCAUAGGCAAGGUGGUAGUCACCAAAAAUCCUUGUUUACACCCAGGAGAUAUUCGAGUCCUUGAGGCUGUCUAUGAAGUAGCACUAGAGGAGAAGGGUUUGGUUGAUUGUGUUGUAUUCCCUCAGAAAGGAGAAAGGCCCCACCCUAAUGAAUGUUCUGGUGGUGAUCUCGAUGGUGAUUUAUUUUUUAUAAGCUGGGACAAAGGACUCAUCCCAACCCAAACUGAGAACCCCAUGGACUACACCGGCCGAAGAACUCGUCAAAUGGACCACGACGUUACCUUAGAGGAAAUUCAACAAUUCUUUGUUGAUUACAUGAUCAAUGAUACUUUGGGUGCCAUUUCUACUGCACACUUGGUUCAUGCAGAUCGUGAACCAGAUAAAGCGCGAAGUCCAAAAUGUCUUCAGCUGGCAACCCUUCAUUCCAUGGCUGUUGACUUUGCAAAGACAGGAGCCCCAGCUGAAAUGCCUAUAUUUUUGAAACCGAAGGAAUACCCUGACUUCAUGGGGAGGGGAGACAAGCACACAUACACUUCUGUUGGAAUAUUAGGGAAACUCUACCGUGCCACCACUGAAUCAAGAGUGCGUGAAAGGUCGAGCUUUGUUUGGUCUCAGAAGAUUGCUGAAGCUGCCUAUGAUCGUGAUCUUGAAGUAGCUGGUUUUGAGGCCUUCCUUGAGAUUGCUGUUACACAUAAAGAGAUGUAUAUGGAAAAAAUGAAUUCCUUAUUCAACUUUUACGGAGCCAGUACUGAGGAUGAGAUUCUGACGGGUAAUUUGCGGAAUCGAUCCAUGUAUCUGCAGAGGGAUAACAGAAGAUAUGCAGAAAUGAAGGAUCGAAUUUCAAUAUCAAUUAAGAUCCUUCAGAAAGAGGCCAAGGGAUGGUUUCAAAGUGGCUGCAUGGUGCAUGAGCGACAGAUGAUGGCCUCUGCAUGGUAUCACGUGACAUAUCACCCAACUUAUUCCCAUGAUAGUGGUAACUGCUUAAGCUUUCCAUGGAUUGUAGCUGAUAUUUUGCUCAUCAUAAAGUCUGUGAACAGCAGAAGGGGAACAUCUAACCAGCAACCUGUUGCUCACGGCAUAUCCUGAAGCUGACUCACAGGUGUCAGCUUGGCUGUUUUAAGUUUGAGUUUGCGCGAGCCCAGGGAUAUGCAUCCCUGUGCAUGAAAAUGUACAUGAAGUUGUACCCAUUUAAUUUUAUGCUGUGAAUGUGAAUGAGGGAAAGCAUGGGGAGGCCAUAAGAUGCAGAGCUAGCAGCUGGAAUCCUCAGGCACUGAAAUGGUCAUCCAUUGUGUAAUGUACUAUAACACGACGAGACUGUUCUUCUGACCUUCAUGUAAUAACAUUUUUUGGAAACACGAUUUUAAGCGCAUCCUGUCUAAGAUAAA